GUGGACAGGCAGCUGCGAGACGCACACCCGUCCGAGGCACGUUUCUGUUCCCCCCCACAUGGGUGCACCUCGACCAGCAGCGCCUGGUGGUUCCGGUUCCGACUCGCAGGAGAUCGCUGGAGGUGUUUGAGGAGGAAGGAGUCGGCCUCCACUCGGAGCUGUGUGCACCAGAACCGGUUUUGAGGAGGAGGCGAGGCGCGGCAGGCAGGAGCAGCAGCAGCAGGAGGAGAAGCAGGAGGAGGAGCAGGAGCAGCAGCAGGAGGAGCAGCAGCAGCAGCAGGAGGAGCAGCAGCGCCAAACUCACAAUGCGCCCGGAGUGAGCCGAGCUGAGGCAGGAGGAGACAAUACCGCUGCGACCUCUCAUCUGGACCCGAUCACUACUUCUUUUUCCUCCUCUUUUUCCAGAGUUGGCGUGUCCCUCCUCUUCCUCCUCUUCCCUCCUCUUUCAUUGAUUGAGACAAAAUUGACUUCUUCUUCACGAGGGCGAGUGGUUGGAUUCCCCCAAAAACUCAGCCAUGACGUCUCCGGCGAAAUUCCGAAAGGACAAGGAGAUAGUGGCCGAAUAUGAAACUCAAGUUAAAGAGAUCCGUGCCCAGCUGGUGGAGCAGCUUAAAUGUCUGGACCAGCAGUGCGAGCUGAGGGUGCAGCUGCUUCAGGAUCUGCAGGACUUCUUCAGGAAGAAGGCGGAGAUCGAGAUGGACUACAGCCGCAACCUGGAGAAGCUCGCCGAGAGGUUCCUCACCAAGACGCGCAGCACCAAGGACCAUCUCCUCAAGAAGGAGCAGAGCAUUUUGUCUCCUGUGAACUGCUGGAACCUGCUGCUGCUCCAGGUGAAGAGGGAGAGCCGGGACCACGCCACCCUGUCCGACCUCUACCUCAACAACAUCAUUCCCCGCUUCGCACAGAUCAGCGAGGACUCAGGACGACUCUUCAAGAAGAGCAAAGAGGUUGGCGUACAGCUGCAGGAGGAUAUGAUGAAAGUUCUCAACGAGCUUUACACGGUGAUGAAGACGUACCACAUGUACAACACGGACAGCAUCAAUGCUGAGUCCAAGCUGAAGGACGCAGAAAAGCAGGAGGAGAAGCAGAUGGGACGCUCCGGGCGACAGGACGACCGGCAGACGCCGCGCUCCCCCGACACGCUGUCCAACAUCAAGUCCGACGACAAACCUGUCCGACGCUCCAGUGUCAAGAAAAUCGAGAAGAUGAAGGAGAAGAGACAAGCUAAGUACACGGAGAACAAGCUGAAGGCCAUUAAGGCCCGGAAUGAGUACCUGCUAGCUCUCGAAGCCACCAACGGCUGUGUCUUCAAAUAUUACAUCCAUGACCUCUCCGACAUCAUCGACUGCUGUGACCUGGGCUACCAUGCCAGCCUGCAUCGCGCCCUGAGGACCUACCUGUCUGCAGAACAGAACGUGGAGACGUCCAAACACACGGGCCUGGAGACACUGGAGGUGGCUGCAGAGAGUCUGGAGCCCAAUGGGGACAAACAGAAACUGAUGGAGACCUACAACAAUGUCUUCUGCCCCCCAGCUCGCUUUGACUUCCAGUCCCACAUGGGCGACAUGAUGGGAAUGAUGUGUGCACGGCAGCCACUGGAGAGCGAGCUGCUGCAGAGGUGUCAGCAGCUGCAGUCCCGUCUGUCCACACUCAAGAUUGAGAAUGAAGAGGUGAAGAAAACUAUGGAGGCCACUCUGUCCACCAUCCAAGACAUGGUGACAGUGGAGGACUAUGACGUCUCCGAGUGCUUCCACCACAGCAACAGCAUGGAGUCUGUCAAGUCCUCUUUCAGCGAAUCCUAUCUCAGCAAGCCCAGCCUGGCCAAGAGACGGGCCAAUCAGCAGGAGACGGAGCAGUUCUACUUCACGAAGCUGAAAGAGUUUCUGGAAGGCAGGAACCUGAUCACCAGACUGGACUCCAAGCAUGACCUCAUCCAGAAAUCCCUUGGAGAGAGUCAGAAGUCUGACUGUUGCCUUGCCAGUGGACGGAGAAACUCAACAGUACGGAAUCAGGACUCAGGUGAGGCCAUUCCUCUGAUGGUUGAGAGUUGCAUCCGCUUCAUCAGUCGCCAUGGUCUGCAGCAUGAGGGCAUCUUCAGAGUGUCGGGCUCUCAGGUGGAAGUCAACGACAUCAAGAAUGCAUUUGAGAGAGGUGAGGACCCGCUGGCAGGGGACCAGAAUGACCACGACAUGGACUCCAUUGCUGGCGUCCUGAAGCUCUACUUCAGAGGGCUGGACCACGCCCUCUUCCCUAAAGAAAUCUUUCAUGAAGUCAUAUCCUGUGUCUCGAUGGAGAGCCUCCAUGAGCGGGCGCUCCACGUUAAGAAGGUUCUGCAGUCUCUACCGAGCCGAACGCUGGUCGUCAUGAGAUACCUGUUCGCCUUCCUCAACUACCUGUCUCAGUACAGCGACGAGAACAUGAUGGACCCCUACAACCUGGCCAUCUGUUUCGGCCCCACCCUGAUGUCUGUCCCAGAGGGCAACGACCAGGUGUCCUGCCAGGCCCACGUCAACGAGCUCAUCAAGACCAUCAUCAUCCACCACAGCACCAUCUUCUCCGGGCAGCAGGACCUGCAAGGCCCCAUCUACAUCAUCCCCGGGAGUGGAGAAGAUCUCUGUGAGCCCCCCCUUGUGGAAGAGCCUGCGCCUGACACCGUCUCUGUGAGGAACAACAGCGAAGAUGGAACCUUGACUGUUUCAGAGUCCGAGCCGAUCGAGGCCAUCGCUCGGUUUGACUACUCCGGACGGACGAGUCGGGAGCUGUCGUUCAAAAAGGGAGCUUCACUGCUGGUGUAUCAGCGAGCCUCUGAUGACUGGUGGGAGGGACGACACAAUGGAGUGGAUGGACUGGUGCCACACCAGUAUAUUGUGCUCCAAGACAUGUCUGAUGGAGGUCGGGGAAGUCCGAAGACUGAUGUUGACUCCAGGGACCUGCUGGGGGAGAGACUCUCCACUAGAGGGAGCGCCGCCUCUCCUACUGGUGCUCAUGUGGCUGACAUCUACCUGGCCAACCUCAACAAGUUGAGGAAGCGUCCAGAGUCUGGGAGCAUUCGGAGGACAUUCCGUGGAUCAGAGAGCGACAGCACCAGUCCAGGGGCCAGCGGAGGGGGGGGAGUAAGAACAGCCUCACUUCCUGUCGGGGGGGCUUUGGUGAAGGAAACUGGAGACAAACGACCUGUCAGCGCUCACAGCAUCCUCAACUCAGUCACUCGCCACUCCUCACUCAAGACCAAGGUGGAGAGUCCGCAGCUAAGGAAGACGACUUCAGCCGGACGCUCCAAGAGCUUCAGUAACCACAGACCUCUGGACCCAGAGGUCAUCGCUCAGAUAGAGCACGGCUCCCAGGACAUCGACCUGCCCAUGAGCUCUGCCCUGAGUGAGUUCAGUAAGUUGGAGAGGCAGAGCUCCAAACAUACACACGCCCCCGAUGUGGUCCUGGACACACUGGAGCAGCUGAAAGGUGGGAGUGGCGGCGGGGGGGGAGGAGGAGGAGCCUCGGAGCCCUCCAGUCCGCUCCACUCCCGCCUGCUGAGGGACGGCGAGGGCGGCUCCUUGCAUUCUCACCCACUCCAGCGCAGCGCCUCCUCCGCCAGCGACGUGCCCUCCUCCUUCCGCCCCAUCAAGAGCCAGCCGCGGAGCCCCCUGCCCUCUGCCACCUCCCCCUCCCUGUCCUCCUCCUCCUCCUCCCUCUCCUCCUCCGUACCUUCCUUCAGAGAGCUGCGCCCGCCGGCAACCAGACCCAAGCCGGUGGUUUUCCCGAAGAGCGGCGGAGGGAGUCCGGCGAUGGGCUCCCCGACCUCCACUGUUCCCCCGACGCCUCCUCUUCCACCUGCAGGCCACACACACUCACUCCCGAGCACUCCUCCUCCACCUCCUCCCCAGUCUAAUGACAAAUCCUGCCCAGCUUAGAACCGCUCGACCCGAACAGCAACACUGAUCCUUACAGACUCUUCUACCAGGCUGUAGAGAUGAUAUCAUUUAUUCAGCCCCAACCCACUAAUCAUGUGUAGCAUUCACUUCUUGGUGAGCAGGCGAACGAGGCCUUGUUCUCUUUUUGGAGGUUGUCUCCGCCCUGUUGUGGCAGCUCCAACGUGUAGGUCAGUUAACUCCCUUCAAACACACUGGUUUUGUCUCGGUCACCACAGAGAUUCCAGUUCGAAUCCUUCAUAAGGGAACGGGACUCAGGAUGUACAGCUACAGCACCGGGAGCUUACAUACACUAGUUGGUGACGUGAUGAGAAUUGUGUGUGAGUGGGCGUGUGAGAGUGCUACCUGCCUUUACACACAGAGAUCUAUGUAAGGAACAUAAAGCACAGUUUGAUUUUUUGUAUAUUAGAUUUGACAGCUUUUCUUUUCUCCUUCUUCUUAAUGACCCACUGACUAGCGGACUGGAAGGGAGCGAUGGAUUCCUGAGAGUAGACUGUGAAAUGCUUUAGUUCUCGCUCUGUGUAGAAGCGACACACACUGACUCGCUGCUUCGGACGACUGGAGAGAAAAGUGCAUGGUGAAAGAAAACUGGGCCAAAUAUCAGUGUAGGUCAUGUGAUCAAGAGCUUUAUUUGAUUUUUUUUUCUCCAGUGUUUGAUAUAAGGUGAUUCUUUUUUUUUUUUUUUUUUUUUUAAAAUGACUGUUCAGUACUAGUACCACAACAGGAGCGUAACGGGACAGUUGUUCUCCAAUAUACUUUAAUGGCCAACAGUAAUUCUAAAUACAUAUAUAGCAAUAAGAAAAGAAAAAAAAAGAAAGCUGGUAUUUUGAAGCGUUCUGCUGCUUCUCUCCUGCAGUUUUGUUAUGUGUGUAGGGGACCACUGAAACCCAGCAUUUUUAUAUGUGAUGUUGGACCGUACACACACUCGCAUACACAUGUUUUGUCAGUCGGUGUGUGGUAGUGUUUCGUGGCAGCUAAACGCCCUUUCAGGUUUUCCUCGCAUGCCGGGGCCACACAGCCGGCCGCCACACUGGCGAGCCGGCUGGUUGCAUCAUUCUAUGUAUCUGCAGUACCAGCUUCAAACAAAGACACAGCUUGCUCCUUUAAAUAUAUACUUAACAGAAAAAAAGGGUUUUAUUAUUCUAAUGGUGUGUAUGUAUGUUUAAUAAUCUAUAACUGGAAGCAUGGAGCUGAGGACCCGCCCGCAACCAAACCACCUCAUCCAGUGAGCUCUGAAGCAACGUCUGCUUCGAUCACUUUCUUUUCCUUUAACGAUCAGAACAGGUUAUGGUAUAAUGUGGAGCCGUGGGUGUGCGCCUGUUUGAGCAUGUGUGGAUGUAGAGUUUAUAUAUGCACCUCACCACAGCCUUGCCCCACUCAUCAUAAAGGGAUGCUACCCAACAGCAGCAGCAGCAGCUGCCCGCAGACACAGAGGAAACACACACGUCUCUCUUCUGGAGUUGCAGCAGCCUGAGUUAAUAUGCACUGUGUAUAUGUGUCAUCAGAUUAAAAAAAAAAAAGAAGCCUGCAGGGAUACAUGAACCGUUGUCUUGUCUUCAGUCACUGCUGUGACACCAGUGGCAGCCCAGCUUUACUUAGAAACAGGAUGAGGAAUCCCAACUCCAAGGACUUAAACAGACUUUUCUUUUUUCCUGAUAUUAUUUGGUGAUGGAAAACGCGAUAUGUUGUUAAUUUUUUUUUUAAUAUUAACUUCAAAUGUGGAGAUAUAACAUUCAGGGCAAACUGAAUAAAGCCUUUUUUUUCAUUGUAUUUCACUUUCUUGAGAAAGUAUUGAACUAAUUGUCACCCUGGUGUUCCCUUUAAUCACACGUACCCCCUCCUCAAGAAUACAGCACAUACUGCAUUCCUGUAUAUGCUCUUCACCAGGUCAUGAAUUAUAAUUGUUAAAAGUUUUUGUUUUUCCUAAUCUCUGUAUACUGUUUGUGUAUUACCUGGUAUAUUUGUGUUGCUCUUACCUCAUCGAGACAACUGGAGGGACUGUGACCGUGCGGGUGUGUGUGGUCAACGCGCUCACACACACUCACACGUAACACACACACGCAUGUGGGUGGUUGGUGUGUUUUGUCCUGGCUGUGCUGUCGAGAGGAGCUGGGACCCUCUGCGAUCUCAAAUCAAUCAUCGUGCACUUGAACAACUUUUGCUUGUGUGUGGACUAACUGUGUGUGGGGAUGAUUUGUCGGAGUUGAAUAUUGUUGAAUAUGCAUUUUUUUGUGUCCAUUUGAAAACAGCAGAACUAAAAAAAAUAGACUGUAAUGUCAAAUCUAUUUAUAGUUGUCUCUGUAUUACUGGAGAAUCCUGUGUUCAGAUGUACUUUGUAUAUACAAUGUUGUACAUUACAGAGGUACACUCUUUUUUUGGUACAAUAUUGUACAGUAAUAGCAAUAGUAGUCUAAUCAAAUAGGCCUUAUAUAAUUCUAUGUGUAGUUCUUGUAGUAGAUUUGUUUUUUAAUAAACAUUGCUUGCUAUAAA